AUGGCUCGAUACAUCAUACGUCAAACAACGGCAUGGAAUUAUGGCUACUGUGGAAGGGAUUAUGGGAGAUGGUUAACCUUGUACAUACAAUCUAAACAGGAGGCCAAUGCGCAGGACAUUCCAGCUGAACCUUUCGACGAUUCAGAUAUUCCUCAACUCCGAAUAUUUUCAAUGUUCUAUCUCUGUGCUCACAUUGGUGUCAUGGCUCGAGUGCUUCCACCAACUGAGUCCCGAUUGCAGUCGCUGCUGAGACCUUGUUGCGUCGCGCAUUCACCAAAUCUCUUGGUCACGACGCUCGCCCUCCUACUCGAACAUCUAUACCGAAGAGAAAGAACUCGUUGGCAGGUUUUCAGCGAUAGGAAAGCAUGGAAGAAGCAGGUGGAUAGUGAAUCGCGAACAUAUGACGUUCGCCCCCUUCUAUUCGGCGAGUUUCAGUUCUCUCCUCUGUUUGGAAUGUAUUACAACCGUAACAUAUUUGAAGUAGGCAUUGAGAUGCUUCCCGAUUCCUCUUUCUCCAAUUCUAUCAACAUGCCAAUCCCUGCUGACAUCCUAUCCCUCAGUGUCGGUCAGGUACUAGAUUUUAUUUGGCUGUAG